UAUGAAGCAAAAAAUAAAUGACUUACUUUUGCUGCGUCUAUCUGGAAUUCUUUCGGAUGGUUGAUCUUGGAAGCAAAUAUCGUUUGAUGAAUAAUUAUGUCUGCAUACCACAUUUCUGAAGUUCUCUAAUUUUUAUUGGAUUAGUUUCUAAAUUAUUGGCAUUUAUUUGGAACUCUUUUAAAAAUUUAUUUCUUCAAAUAAUUGGUUUAUGUCGGCCUGUUGGGCAAGUUUCUUCAGGCUUUUCUCUGACCAUGAGAAGCAUACUCCUGUACAAACCCACCUAUCCUUUUGGUAAGUGUAGAAAUUAGAAUAUCAUGGUUUCACUCUCGUAAUAUAAUGAGCAUGGGAAGGUUUGACUCAAAGACGCCAGGGGAGUUGUUGGAAGAGAACAUAUAAAUGGUGUGCUUUUUGUCAUCUAUAUUCUGAUUGCUUCUUGAUUGGUUGUGGUAGAUGCAUUCUGCAUUUAUAUGGUUAUCUUCUAUUAAACAAAACAGUGCAAGGUUCUUCCAAUAGUAGAAUUAGACAUCCGUCAUAUUAGUACCGAAAUUACAUGUUGGAUUCGAAUUCUGUGUCCAAAAAUUUGGAUUUGUUUAGGAUAAAACAGAAUUUGGAGUUGGUUCAUUCAAUUUUCGAUAUCUAAGCAUUUCUCGUGUUUUUUUCGAGUCAGUUACUUUGCAAUUGUGCUGCAUAAAAAGCUGUCUUCAUAGUGGUAAACAGUGGGCAAACAAUAAACAACUUAUGGUUCGAUGAUCUGGUCUCAUAAGUUGGUGCAUUAGUUCUAUAGUUAAUUGUUAAGCGAUACAAAGACAGGCAUGCACCAUUUCUUUGAAUUAUACAUAGACUAGCUGCUUGCUUAUGUUCCUUACUAAUUAUACAUAGUGGUAUUCUAUGGUGCUCGGACUCACCAUUCUAGCCGGCGUGCACAUGUCGACAUGACACAACACGGGUACGGGUAAGGAAUUGGAUUAUUCAAGUUUCAAUUGGACCAAACAAGAAAUCUUUAGAAAAAAUUUGUAGAUUUACCUUAGCGGCAGUUUGGCUAGAGAUGGAAGAUGUCUAUAAAGAAAUAGUAGAUUGGUGUUGGUGGUCCUUGGUCCAAAAUAAAUAUGCUGGCUCUUUGUAUAUGUUCACUGGAAACCCUAAAAUCAUGAAGAAGAAGAAUCCGAGAGAAGAUUUGGGUUUAAUUGUAGCCUGGGCCAUUUUUAAUAUGAAUAUGAGUGGGCUAAUAAUGUAAUUGUUUUUACAACACACAUAUUUUAGUUUAAUAAAAUAUUCAAACAAUACAAUUAAUCAUUUUUUUUUUCAAUUCAUCAUUUUUAAUUCUAAAAAUACUGCAAUAUCAAGUAAAAAUAAAAUCUAAAAAAGAAAAUAGAAAUUUGAAAAACGUACUCACGCACCCGUGUCUGAAAUUUGGACUCUUUUUAGCCUUUUCUUUGUAUCCCACAUUUUAGAAAAUAAAAUAUUAGACACUUAGAUACGUACCCGUAUCCAAGUCUGAGCAUCAUAUGUGGUAUUUUAUCUGUCUCAUCUGUUGGAAGUUCUUUAUGGUUUCAUCUGAAUCACUCAUGCUUAGUGUUUCUUGUCAUUUGUGGAGAGAUUCAGCUUCAGGAAAAGUUUUUAAAUUGCAGACUCCAUGGCUUCCUUCAAAGCAUUUUUAAACAGCCCAGUUGGUCCCAAAACGACUCAUUUUUGGGGUCCUGUCGCUAACUGGGGAUUUGUUAUUGCUGGGCUUGUGGACAUGCAAAAACCUCCAGAAAUGAUAUCUGGCAACAUGACUGCAGCAAUGUGUAUAUAUUCCGGGCUGUUCAUGAGGUUUGCAUGGAUGGUACAACCUCGCAACUAUUUACUUCUUGCUUGCCAUGCUUCAAAUGAGUCGGUGCAACUUUAUCAACUUUCUCGUUGGGCCAAGGGUCAAGGGUAUUUGGGAGGAGAGAAGGACAAGGCCUCGUCGCAAUGAAUCAACACUGCUAUUUCUUCUUGGACAAUCACAUCGUCCUAGAAAACCUCUCCCAAUAGGAGCUUUUGCUUGUUCAUUUUGAAUCUUCAUUGACGUGUCAUCACUAGAACAUAAUAAAACAGUAUGAUUGUAUAUGAAACGUUGACAAAAAACUAUGUAUCGACCGUAUUGAGGAUCUUCUUCCCUCUCAAUUCAAUGUUGUCAAUUCAGCUGAUAGUAUGGAAAUCAAUGAGUUUGCUAUUGCA